AUGGCCACCACCGCAGCCUCCGUUAAACCCUUCACUCCGGAAGAGACUCAGAGGAUUGUGCAUGAUUUGCAGCAGCCAGCAGUCUUCCUGAAUAUGACCUGUGGCUGGCCCGUUCUCCGCUGGACUGCAGAGCACCUGUCUGGCUGCCUUGGUGACAGACUUGUGCGAUUCAGACUUGGGAAAAAAGAGCAGACAUAUGCUCCUCUGUUUGAAACCCAGUGCUCCUAUGUGGAGGCCAAGCUGGCGCAAUUUCUCAGCUGGACCCGGGGUCAGACUGGGGCCCACGUUGGGUCUUUCUCUGCCUACCCCUACUCAGAGUACUGGGCCUAUGCUGACUACAAGUACAUUGCCAUGCUGUUUCAAGACCAGCCUUCCAUGUUUGAGGAUGUAAAGUGGUCUGAGUUCGGUUUUAAGGAGCGUAAUGGGAGAGAGAGCACCUUAUGGAUUGGUACAAAGGGGGCCAACACUCCAUGUCACCUGGACUCUUACGGCUGUAAUCUGGUGCUGCAGGUGCAAGGACGGAAGCGCUGGCAUCUUUUCCCUCCAGAGGACACAUCCAAACUCUACCCAACAAGAAUCCCCUAUGAGGAGUCCAGUAUCUUCAGUCAGGUGGACAUCCUGCAUCCAGACCUGAGGAAGUUCCCUGAUUUCCAAAAAGCCAGAGCCCACACGGUCACUCUGCAGCCAGGACAGGUGCUUUAUGUUCCCAAACAUUGGUGGCACUAUGUGGAAUCAGUGGAUCCCAUCACAGUGAGCGUUAACUCCUGGAUUGAACUGGAAGGGGAUGACGUGGCGAGAGUUAACGAAGCGGUGACCAAAGCUGUCGUCUGCGCCCUUAAAAGCGCGUCGAGUGAUGACAACGCUGACGAGUGGCUCAACCCCACCGAGGAAGGAGUAGCAUCCCAUAAUGAGAACAUGCAGUAUGUGAAUCUGGCAGUGAAGGCCUGCACUCAAAGACAAAAGAGCGUCCAGCACCUUAAACUGACCAACGACCCAAAGGACACCCGUCCAGUCAAGCGGGAUUCUAGCGGACAAGUCCGGAUUAACAGUGACCCUGUUAAUUAUUCUGCACCUGUCUUUUCUCCCUUUGGGCCUUAUCUCAUACCUGUGCUCUAUCAGCAAGAGGACACACCAGACACAAUGGGCCUGACCCCGAAAGAUCCGGAGGUUAAAUCCUCCAGGAACUGUGUGAGCCAAACUCAUGAUGUCUGUGCUGCAGCUCCAAGAACAGAGCGUACAUCUGCUGUCAGAGUCCACCAGGGGAAACAUGAAUGUAGCCCUGGUUUAACUCACAGUAGACCAUGUGACCGCGGUGAUGGGAACACACAGGACUCAGAGGACAGUCGGGAAUCAAUACACACAACAAUAACCACUAAUGACCUGCUUGACUGCCUGGUGCAUCCUGAUGUCAUCGCCCGUGUCACUGAACUUCUAUUGGAAAGACAUGGAGGAAGACACAGGUCCACCACAACACUCCAGCUUUAAUAUUCACAGACCUGAAUAUCCAAUAAUGCUCCUGACUGACUAGUAAUGGCACAGCGUGAAAAUGUCAGGAUGUGCCUGUCUUAGCUCGUCUCCUCUGGAUGUCUCGCUGUAAUUUAGAGCUGUGAAAAGAAAAAUCCCCAUCCUCCCAGCUACUGCUGUUGCUUCAGUGUCAUUUUAAAAAAGCGAGGGCAGGAAAGAUGAAGAUUAAUGAAGCAUUUCACCCUACUUUUUUAUUCUCUCUUUCUCUCCUCUCAUCUGUCAAGGUCUUCCAGAGAUUAACCCCAAAUGCGAGAAGUCACAAACCAAAACAAACUUUAAUGCGACGAGUGACGCCAUCGAGUGGGCUCUAACGUUUCCUUGUUUUGUUUGUCCUGCACAUACUAAUCCUGUUUGGUGCUCCCCGCAGCAAGAAAAAUGACCACUUAAAUCAAUUUUGUAUGCUAAUACGCCAAAUAAUUCAAGAUAAUAUUCAUGGGAUAUGAGCAUUUAUUUUCAGCAUAAUGUUCCCUCUGUCAUUUAUUGAUGAGAAUUGUCAUUUAACAGGCAACGAGGGCUGAGUGUAAUGGCCCAGUGAUUGAUGGCAACUGGGUAAGGAGCAAUGAAUGAAGCAGGUCUGUUUAAAUACAAUCUGCCACCACAAGUUACACACACUAUGAGAAAAGGGAAUGAUGCUCAUGUACAAAAAUAACAAAUGCAAUAUUUUCAUUAAUAAUGUCUCUGCUAAUUACUAGCGUCCUGACAAGAGCAGGGCACAGAUAUUUACACUUCAAACACAAUAUACUGCAGUGCAAAAUUGUUCCAGUGAUGUGAAUCAGAAAACUGACAACAAAGCAUAUUUUAAAUGUUCAUUCAAAUUUCCAACAGCACAAAAACACGUUUCAGCAUCACAAUAGUCUAUUUACAGUUAACUUUACAGGGAGCAGCAUCAUUUACACAUUUCCCUGAAUAAAGUGUUCAACAAGUAUUUUAUGACUUUUCAGGAUGAUACAGUUUAAAGUGGUUUUGCAUGUAUUGGAGCACAAACUACAAAUCACAUACAGUGCUUUACAAUAUUGCUGACUGUUUUCCAUUUAGAUGUAUUUAGUUCCCACCAAAUAACUCCAUCCCGGCCCAUAAUGGCAGUUUGUGUUUUUACAGAAGUGUAGCUCACAAAAAAAUGAAGGUAAACAAAUGAUCAUCUUGAUGUAUUAAAGAACCAAUAUGUGGUAUAUUUACUGUUCUAACUCAUAAAAUGACAUGAUAUUUGAUCAAUUAAGGAAACAUAGUAAAUUGAAAUUCUGCCAACUGCCCAUUCAACCUGAUCAUGGUGCUGGCGAGUGAUUUUAACGCAUCAUGUGCCACCACCACGUAAUACAGUGUUAAGAGCAGGUCGAAGUCAUUUCACAUAUUUCUGUGAGAUCAGGUUGACGCCCGUUUCGACACCCAAGGUUGCCAGAUGUGAAACAUUAGCACACGAACACACUGUGCUGCAGCCACAGAAGCAAGCAAACUGGAUCAAUUGAGGCAGAUUCUCACGAGAGCUUUGAGCCUGGGAAGG